CUGAGUACAGUCAAAAUGGCAGCUGCCAUGCAGGACAUGCAAAGCAAUACAAAUGAGACUUCCACGUUGAGAAAAAGGCGAGCGGGCUCACCUAUACACAAACAAGACGGUAGCCUUAAAGAGACGGACAACGAUGAAAAGAAAGUCAGAUUGAAAUGUGAAGAGAAAUUUCACGUAAUACAAACCGGAACGUUCUGGCUGACAAGGGUUGUGCUACUUAGGUGUACCGCUUUUAUUUACUUUGUGGCUUUCUUGGUUGCCUAUGACCAAAACAAGCAGCUGAUUGGAGAGAAGGGGCUGCUGCCAUGCAAGCAGUAUUUGAAAAGUGUCAAACGCUAUGUUGGUGGAAAGAUCGACAUGAAAGCCUUGAGCUACACUCCUACUGUCCUGUGGUUCCUUGACUGGUCUGACAUGGAUGCCAACCUGGACUGCAUUGCCCUGCUGGGCCUAGGUCUCUCCGCCUUCGUACUGCUCACUGGAUGUGCCAACAUGAUAAUCAUGAGCCUGCUAUGGAUUCUUUAUCAUUCCCUGGUCAGCGUUGGACAGAUCUGGUACUCCUUUGGCUGGGAGUCCCAGCUCCUGGAAACAGGAUUCCUGGGAAUCUUCCUGUGUCCGCUGUGGAGCCUGCGGACUGUCCCUCGGAACACGCCACCCUCCCGCAUCGUCAUCUGGGCUUUCCGCUGGCUCAUUUUCCGUAUCAUGCUUGGAGCGGGGCUGAUAAAACUCAGAGGGGACCGCUGCUGGAGAGAUCUGACCUGCAUGGACUAUCAUUACGAGACACAGCCAGUGCCCAAUCCCAUGGCUUACUACAUGCAUCGAUCCCCAUGGUGGUUCCACAGCUUUGAGACCUUGUUUAAUCACGUCAUCGAGCUCAUCGUUCCAUUCUUCAUUUUCAUGGGGCGUCGUAUGUGUGCAGUCAAUGGUCUUCUUCAGAUUCUAUUUCAGGUGGUUCUUAUUGUGAGUGGAAAUCUGAGUUUCCUCAACUGGCUGACCAUUGUCCCCAGUAUUGCCUGCUUUGACGAUGCGAGUCUGGGAUUCCUCUUCCGUUCUGGACAAGGAGGGGUUAAACACCAGGUAGAGAAGGUUCAGUCCGAAGGGAAACCCGCGACAACCUGGGGCAUGCAAAUCCGUCGAGUGGCAAACAUCUCUGUGGGUCUCCUGAUAGUCUGCCUCAGCAUGCCUGUAGUGCUGAACCUGGUGAGCUCCCAGCAAAUCAUGAACACGUCCUUCAAUCCCUUAAGAAUAGUCAACACAUAUGGAGCGUUUGGAAGCAUCACUAAAGAACGUACCGAAGUUGUCAUCCAAGGAACGUUAAGUGCCGACCCCAGUGACCCGGGUGCCUUAUGGGAAGAAUAUGAGUUCAAGUGCAAGCCAGGGGAUCUGAGGAGGAGGCCGUGCCUUAUAUCACCUUAUCAUUAUCGACUGGAUUGGCUAAUGUGGUUUGCCGCAUUUCAGACCUACGAGCAAAAUGAAUGGGUGAUCCACUUGGCUGGAAAGCUGCUGGCUAAUGAUACUCUUACUUUAUCACUGAUGGCACACAAUCCAUUCGAAGGCAGAGAACCCCCAAGGUGGGUGAGAGGAGAGCACUUCAGGUAUAAAUUCAGCGCCCCUGGCGGGAACCAUGCGGCCGAGGGAAAGUGGUGGAUUCGCAGGAGGAUCGGACCCUACUUUCCACCUGUCAACUCGUCAGGGCUCAGGAAGUACUUUGAGGCACGAGACUGGCCCCAUCCCGACUCUGAAUGAAAUUAAAUAGCGCGGGGCAAAGACCAAAAGAAGCACACAAAGAUUCCACCACACAUACUGCUGCACAUUUCAAUGUGUUUUUUUCCUUUUUAGAAUUUUGAAUCUUCAAGCCAUUGAAAAAGACUUCUAGUCAAAACGUUAGCCGUUGCAUUUGUUUAUUUUACUAUUUCUUUCUUAAUUUAAAAUCAGACCUAAAAAAAAUGAUACAGCGUCACUACCAUUUAAAUGUACUGGAGUUUUAAGACCUUGUAUUUCAUUCUGUCAGUGACAUCUGUUUUUCAUGGUCCCCUCUUAACAAGCUGGUAUGUGCUAGUACAUGUGGCCCCUGUACUGAGAAUGUGUUCACACGAGCCAGUAAGCAGUUCUUUGUAAAAUUGUACCAAUCACAUUCACAAGUAUAAAACAAAAUACUUAUUACAAAACCUAAAAGCACAUUAAGUAAAAAAAGUAUACAUACAUGGAAAAAAACUUGUUCUUACUUCAACACUAUCUUGGGGAGAUUUGAUGGGUAGCCGAACUAAGGAAAUUGCAAUGCAGUUUGAAUUUCAUAGACACAUCAUUUCUUGCACUUAGGUAAGGACAUGUUACUAAAUGUCCUCCCGAAAAUGUCAGCAGUGCAAAAUAUCUGUCCGAGAUUCUGGAUUUGCUACCUUGAAACCCUUCAGUCUGAGUUAUAGAUUACUGCAUUUUAUAAAGAGGGAAAAAAGGUGCUUUAUACUUGUAAGAUUGCAAUCCUUAAUACUAUUACCUGAAAAGAACCAAGUACUUACUGUAGUGCUCAGGUAAGCAUACAGGGUUUUCAUUCUCCAUCAUUAAAGACACUCUCUAUUAUUAAGAAUGCACAUGUUAUAUGCAGAAAUUAUGUUGCAUUGUGUCCAUACAGCUCCAGUCCAGGCCCAGAAUAAAAGGAUUUUAUACAAUAUCUAUGCUAUAUAUUAACAUAAACAGCUCCUUUUGCACCAGCAUGCCCUGGUGCAAAAGGAGAUACGAUGAAUGUAAUAUUGCAUUGUUGAAUGCCCAAGUAUGUAAUUGCGGUUAAUUUUCGUUAAGCCGUGUGAGCAGAGCCUGAUCUACAGCUGUGCUGGGCCGGCCCUUUCUUUAACUAAUAGAACAGUACAGUAUGUUCUCAGCUCUGCGAAGCUAAGGGAUUUAACAAUAGUACUUAGUUUGCACUCUGUCUUGUUUAGUGUUUUGAUCGCCACAUGUUUAUCUAGACAACUGUCCAAUAAAAAACAACAACAAAUA